AUGGAGAGCUACUCUGUAUGUGAUAUACGAGGCUAUAUGGAGAGCUGCUCUGUAGGUUAUAUACGUGUACGAGGUUAUAAAGAGAGCUUCUCUGUAGGUGAUAUACGAGGUUUUAUGGAGAGCUACUCUGUAGGUGAUAUACGAGGUUUUAUGGAGAGCUACUCUGUAGGUUAUAUACGAGGUUAUAUGGAGAGCUACUCUGUAGGUUAUAUACGUGUACGAGGUUAUAAAGAGAGCUUCUCUGUAGGUGAUAUACGAGGUUUUAUGGAGAGCUACUCUGUAGGUGAUAUACGAGGUUAUAUGGAGAGCUACUCUGUAUGUGAUAUACGAGGCUAUAUGGAGAGCUGCUCUGUAGGUUAUAUACGUGUACGAGGUUAUAAAGAGAGCUUCUCUGUAGGUGAUAUACGAGGUUUUAUGGAGAGCUACUCUGUAGGUGAUAUACGAGGUUUUAUGGAGAGCUACUCUGUAGGUUAUAUACGAGGUUAUAUGGAGAGCUACUCUGUGAUAUACGAGGUUUUUAUGGAGAGCUACUCUGUAGGUGAUAUACGAGGUUAUAUGGAGAGCUACGCUUUAGGUGAUAUACGAGGUUAUAUGGAGAGCUAUUUUGUAGGUUAUAUACGAGGUUAUAUGGAGAACUACUAUAUAGGUUAUAUACGAGGUUAUAUGGAGAGCUAUUCUGUAGGUGAUAUACGAGGUUAUAUGGAGAGCUGCUCUGUAGGUGAUAUACGAGGUUAUAUGGAGAGCUACUCUGUAGUGAUAUGGAGAGCUUCUCCGUAG